AUGGCCUUCAAACACGGGCUUAGUGAGCGCCUCGACGAGCUGCGAUUCCCGUCUCCACGAUCCCCGCCCUCGGAAUCUGCGUUCCCCGGAUAUAGCUCGCUUUCGCCGGGUCAUUCGAACUUUGUAUCGGGCUUCUCGUCUCGUCCGGCCGGUGAUGUUCGUGCCAAUCUCCAGCGCCGUUUCACCACCGAUUCGAGCAAGUUUUCGUCAUGGAAUUAUCUAAAUCAGGGCCCGAGCUCGGGCCCUGCGCAGGAUCCUUUGGAUCUGUUGUCUUCGCAGUUUGAAAAGAAACGUCAACAUCUGGAAUACAUGCGUGAACAGAAACGUCGAUUUGAGGAAGAUAUGAAGAUGUUGGACCUACAACAUGAGAGGGAGAAGCUCGAGAUGGACCAGCUUGCUCGCGACCUGGCCAAGGCUGGACUUUCUGGUCCGGUCAGCGAGCCAACUACCCCGCCAGAGUACCGCGAGAGCAACAUGUCCAACGCGUUCAACCGCCCUGCUCGCUUCUCUACCUCGAGUGUCACCUCUUCGCCUGGUUUCUUUAGCGCGUUUGCUCCCUCCAACUUGACAUCUCCUCAAGCACCAUCCCACUCUGCGCACCAGUCGGUCGACCGCUUUGCUGGUCAUUCAGUUCCUGGCUCCCGUCGCAACUCUGAGAAGGACGAUUUCCUUGCUGAGCCUUCUUCGCCGUUCCGCCCUGCCCCUUCUGCCCACCGCUACUCGCUGCCGUCGAGCAACCUGAACGGCCACGCUCGGUCCAAUGUCUCGGGCUUUAACAACGGCUCUGGUAUCGACUCUUUUGCCGCCGCCAAAUACCUUUUCCCCAGUGACGAGGAAAAGUCACACGGCCCUCUCAAAGAUGUUGAUCGCUUGUCUACUCCGGAUAUCAAGAGUUACAUCAAGAUGACUGAGACAGAUGAUAAAUUCCCUACUUUGUCCCGCCGUGGUGGUUCAAACCUCCUGUCUGCUAACCCGGAUGCACUUGAUCUUGCCAACUCACGCACUCCUGGACCUGAGUCUUAUGCCAAUCACAACCGGCACCGUUCAUCCCAUCAGAGUAUGCCGCAGAAUAUCUCGGGCUUGAUGCGCAUGGAGCAGCUUAGCAGCCCUACCCCCGAUGACCACGGUAGUUCAACCCACGCGCCACGCCAUAUUGCUCGUCACUCCCUGGGAAGCAACAUGUCCUUCCAGGAUGAACGCCACGACGAGACCGCGACUCCUGUUCCGUCCAGUCGCCCAAUGGCUCAGUCCUCAUACUCAACUAACGAUCUGCCCACCGUCAAGGGUAAUGGAAUCAGCAAUGCCGUCACUCCUCCGAAAAACCACACGGAUCACAUGCACCACCACAAUGCAAGCAUGGGACGCAUUCCCCAGAAUGUAGUGAGCAACCGCCAGGGCAAGGAUUCUCCAGAAGCAGAUGACACCAAGCUCCAGAACGGCUCAGCUUCUCAGACAACCCUACAAGCCAGUGCUGCGCCUUUCGGACCCCAGCUUACAUCGGCUGUUUCCAACAAUGUCCCUGGCCCGGUCGCUCCAAUGGCUCUGCCUUUCCAGGUCCCGGCUUACAACUAUGCAAUGCAACCCUACGCCCCCCAGAGCCACCCUACAGGCCACAUGUCUACCCUUUCCGCCGGUUACAAUGGCUAUCCUGCCUACCCUGGCUCUGGUUUCCGCUUUUCUGAGAACAAUGCUCGAGGUGGCAUGGCUACACGUCGCCAGGAGACUGACGCGAGUCAGCUCACACGAUUUGGCAAUUUCCCUUUGGAGCACUACAAGGGUGAGCUGUACAGCUUGUGCAAAGACCAGCAUGGCUGCCGGUACCUGCAGCGCAAAUUGGAGGAACGUAACCCGGAGCACGUGCAGCUGAUCUUCAGCGAGACAUAUAUGCACGUCAUUGAACUCAUGACUGAUCCCUUCGGCAACUAUCUCUGCCAGAAGUUGUUGGAAUUCUCCAACGAUGAACAGCGUACUACCCUGAUUGACUAUGCCUCUCCACAGCUGGUGAAGAUUGCUCUUAACCAACAUGGAACCCGUGCGCUGCAGAAGAUGAUUGAGUUCAUCUCAACUCCUCAACAGACUCAGACUGUGAUCAAAGCAUUGAAGCGCGAUGUUGUGGAGCUUGUGCAGGAUCUCAAUGGAAACCAUGUCAUCCAGAAAUGUCUCAACCGCCUUUCUCCGGAAGAUGCUGAGUUCAUCUACGAGGCUGUUGGUGGCAACUGCGUGGUCGUUGGUACUCAUCGUCAUGGAUGCUGUGUUCUUCAGCGCUGCAUUGACCAUGCUUCUGGUCAGCAGAAGGCUCGUCUGAUUGCUCAAAUUACGUCGAACUCCUUCACCCUCAUUCAGGAUCCGUUCGGAAACUAUGUUGUGCAAUAUAUUCUGGAUUUGGCUGAGUCUCAGUUCACCAAUCCUCUGUGUCAGACCUUCGGAGGAAACAUUCCUCAGCUGUCCAAGCAGAAAUUUAGUUCCAACGUGAUUGAGAAGUGUCUUCGCACUGCUGAUAACUUCAUGAAACGCCAGAUGAUCGACGAGAUUCUUCGGGGCAAUGAGCUUGAGAAGAUGUUGCGUGAUUCCUUUGCAAACUACGUUGUGCAGACUGCCAUGGACUUCUGUGAUGCCGAGACUCGCAAUCGCAUUGUCGAGGCCGUCCGCCCCAUUCUCCCGUCUAUUCGCCAGACACCCCAUGGCCGCCGCAUCGCUGGUAAGAUCAUGGCUGCUGAUACCACCGCUAGUCGAAGCAGCAACAGCAGCACUGCCACCAGCGGCCAUGUGACUCCCAAUGAGAUGGAUAACACCUCUCAAAUCCCAAAGUCCCUACUCCAGAAGCCUUUCAUGUACCAACAGAACGGUCAAUCCUCCGGCAUCCAUUCUCCCACCUCGUCCAGCGGAUACAGCUCUCAGACCUAUGUCCCCCACUCUUCUCAGAGUUCGGUCUCCAACACUCCCUCUGGACACAGUGAGAGCUCUUCUGUUUACUCCGCUCCGAGCUCGCAGCCAUCUGUCAAUCUCGGCUCGCAGAGUCAGCUUUUCACAUACAUCUAA